AUGGAGCUCGACCCAGCCGUAGCCACCCUCCUCAACCUAGAAGGCGAGAAUGCCACUGUCUCCUCCGCCGGCGGAGGCGGCUGCAGUUCUGCAUCGACCUUCAAGAUAACAUGUAAAAGCCGCGACACCAACAGCGAGAAGGCAUUCUUCAUGAAGACAGGGCAAGGCAAAGCCGCAGAGACUAUGUUUGAAGGCGAACACGCAUCCCUAACCGCCCUCCACAACACCGUGCCCUCGCUCUGCCCAAAAUCCUACGGCCACGGCCGCUUCGAAAACAACCCACAGACCUCCUUCCUAGUAACGCAAUUCCUACACCGCGGAUCCCACUCCCCAUCGUCCAAAGCCCCCUCCCUAGCAGCCAAACUCGCAAAACUGCACACCACCCCCGCCCCAAUCCCAGACGGACACGACAAACCCAUGUUCGGCUUCCCCGUCCCAACAUGUUGCGGCGACACCCCGCAGGACAACACCUACAAAUCCACCUGGGCAGCCUUCUUCUCAGAAAACCGGCUACGCUUCAUCCUACAGCGCGCCGAAGCAGCACACGGAACAGACGCCGAACUGCACGACCUGGUCGAAAAAACAGCCUCCACCGUCGUCCCGCGCUUACUAUCCGACAACCACGUGAACAACGGGCACGGCAUCACACCCGUCGUCGUGCACGGCGACCUGUGGAGCGGGAAUGCGAGUGUCGGCGUGCUUGGCGAGGCGUCCAACGAGGCGGAAGAUGUGGUGUUUGAUGCGUCGGCGUGUUAUGCGCAUGGGGAGUUUGAGCUGGGGAUUAUGGGCAUGUUUGGCGGGUUUGGGGGGGCGUUUUGGGAGGAGUAUCAUGCGUUGAGUGGGAGGAUGGAACCGCGGGGGGAGUAUGGGGAUAGGGUUAGGCUUUAUGAGGUUUAUCAUCAGUUGAAUCAUUAUGCUAUGUUUGGUGGGGGGUAUCGAGGGGGGGCCGUGGGGAUUAUGAGGGCGUUGGUGGGGAGGUAUGCGGUGUAG